UUCCAUCCCAGAGAGAGAGAGAGAGAGAGAGAGAGAGAUAUGGUGGAUGAUGCGGUAGUGUGUGUGGAUAGGCUAAUAGCCUCGGCCUACUACGAGUCCGAGAACGAGAGAGAGAGGCUCUUGGGAGAUGGUAGUGGCGGCGAGGAAGUAGUCAGUGAGAAGCGUGUGGGCGUGGCUUCUCUGAAAAGUGAUUGCGGAGCGCCGGCCCUUCCGAAGAGUGGCAAUGGCGGCGGAGGCAAGUGUUCGUCGGAGAAGAUUGCGAGGGAGUGUAGGAUUUGUCAGGAAGAUGACGAGCUUCAGAUGGAGGCUCCGUGUGCCUGCAAUGGCACUCUCAAGUUUGCUCAUAGGAAGUGCAUUCAGAGAUGGUGCAACAAGAAAGGUGAUAUCACCUGCGAAAUUUGCAAUCAGGUCUAUUCUCCAAACUACACUCUUCCACUAACAAGAAGCAAUCCGGAAGUUAUGGCCAUUGACAUUAGGCAAGCAUGGGCACCUCAUAUUGACCUGCGGGAUCCUCAUUUUCUGGCUUUAACUGCUGCUGAGCAUCAAUUAUUGCAAUCGGAAUAUGAUGAUUUUGCUGUUGCAACCAGUAACAGCCUUGUCUGCCUCCGCUCUGUGGUUGUCAUUUUGAUGUUAAUGUUAUUUAUUCACCAAGUUCUGAUGAUCACUGGAGAUCUGUGGAUGGUAGAGGAGUUGUCGGCAUUCUUCACUUUCCAGGUUUCCUUUCUUAAGCUUGCUGGAUUUCUUCUACCAUGCUUUGUGAUGGCACGUUCAUGUUUCAUAAUACAAGUCUGGAGGAGGAGGCAGGGAUAGGAAGGGAACCAGUCAGAUAAGAUCUGCAAGCCUUUCGCUUUCAGCCAUCGCGUCCAAGUCCUCUCCAUCGGCAAGCGCUUUUGCGUACUACCGUUCUUCUAUCUGUAAUUUAGAUCAGAAGGCAGCACAGGCUGUGAGAAAAUUUAGUGCAGUAAAUCCUAGUAGGCUCUCUCUUAACCUACCUAUGAACUCGAUUGAUAAAUGUAAAUGUUGAGUUCAUUAGGCUUUUUAACUUUGUGUUUUGCUUUUGCUGUUUUGGAGAUGCCACUUAUACUGUCAGACAUCAAGUUGUUAACUGGGCACAAACUGCCCAGGUCCUUGCAUUUAAAUUCUCAUGGUUGGAUUUCAAUAAGAAGAAUGUCUACUCUUUGUCCCA